ACACAGACAGAAACUUUAGAAACCGAGAAGUUAUUGGUUAUGUUAUUAAAUUAUUUUUGUUGUCAUAAAACAAAAUUUAUUGCUGGUCAACUAAUAUUUUUUUUACUUUAAUACAUUCGUUUAUUAUUAUUUCGUAUUAUGAUUAAGGCAAUUUUAGUUUUUAACAACCAUGGCAAACCUAGACUCUCAAAAUUUUACCAAUAUUUCACUGAAGAUAUGCAACAACAAAUCAUCAAAGAAACAUUCCAGCUUGUUUCAAAAAGAGAUGACAACGUUUGCAAUUUUCUCGAAGGUGGAAGUCUCAUUGGUGGUUCAGAUUAUAAGCUGAUUUAUCGACAUUACGCAACAUUAUACUUUGUGUUCUGUGUGGACUCUUCCGAGUCAGAGCUAGGAAUUCUUGAUUUGAUACAAGUUUUUGUUGAAACACUCGAUAAGUGCUUUGAAAAUGUCUGCGAACUUGAUCUCAUAUUCCAUGUUGAUAAGGUCCAUUAUAUAUUGAACGAAUUAGUCAUGGGUGGAAUGGUGUUGGAAACUAACAUGUCAGAGAUUUUAUCAAGAAUUGAAGACCAAAACAAAAUGGAAAAACAGGAGUCUGGGCUGGCGGCUGCUAGGGCAGUGUCAGCCGUCAAGAGUAUGAACAUCUCACAGCAAUUCAAAGACAUGAAGUUACCUGACUUGCCGCAAGCUAUCAAAGACCUCAAGUUCUGACGACGGUCAGCAGAACACCAUCAGAUUCUUUGCGAGAACAGUCAUUGGACAAGAUAUUCUUGAUCCCCCCUUCCUCAGUAUUAUAAGAUCAUUCUAAUAUGAGGUUUAUACUUAUCACGUAUCAUUUUCAAAACAUAUUUAUUAAGUUUAUGAGGUUAAGUCUUAUUUGGAUUAGUGUACAGAUUAGUUUAUUAUUUAUUGUUGAUUUUUAUGAUGAUAUUAUCAGAAAUUAUUUUUGUUACAUUCCGGUUUAAUUUAGUCUAUUCCAAAUCAAUGUUGCAUGAGUGUUAUGUUAUCAGAUGCUAAGUUAUAUUUUAAAUGUUGAUUUAUUUAUGGCGGUUGGGAAAAUAUGGAUGUUAAUUUUUAUACUGGAAUCACAAUAAAUAUUGAUUAUAUAUUGUACCAAAUUUUAAGUUUUAUGCACUGCUUGAAAGCCAAUGUGUGAGACAACACACCACAAACAUUUGCUAGAAAUGUUUUUUUAUUAAUAUAUUAAUUAUAAAUGAAAGACAAUAAUUUGUUGAAACUAUCGGUAAACAGUUCUUUUUAAUACACGUCUUAAAUUCUUCAAAACAAUAUGCUUGUUACAGUAAUCAAAUCCUCUUACCUAUAUACCUAUAGUAAAAUACCUUCGCCGCAGCAAACCUGCAGACUAAGCAAAUUUCCAUUUUUGGCUGGAUUUCUACUAAAAUAUUCCCUACAAAUUGUCAAAGUUAGAAGUUCUCUCUGAAUCUCUCUGAAUACUAUGUUCUGCCUGCCUUUUGUGAACAAAUCAUAUGUUGUAUUAAUUGUUAAUCUUCUAUUUACAUUAUUUGUUUACAUUUUGUCAGUUCUUUUAAAAUGAUGUUCAUUAAACCAUCCUCUUGAA